AUGCCCUUGGCGGCACUGCUCAUCGCUGCAGUUAACGCGCAAACCACCACCGUUAUCAACGACCCCGCGGACACUGCUGCCACCACCGUCUACUAUUCCGUGUGCCCAACUGCUUUGACCACAACUACCACUUUGUCCAGCACCAUCACUUUCUGCCCAGGUCCCAAUUGCAACGGUGGUGGCCCCGUGAUCACACCUCCCCCAACGAAUGCCCAAACCACUGAAAUCCUCUCUUACACAACCACCCUCCCGAACGGGGACGUGGAGGAAAUCCACGAGUACCUUACCAUCUACCACCAAAUCUGCAGCAACGGUCAAUCAAUUGGACAAGCCACUUACACCAUCACAGAGGUAUGCCCUUGUGAAGCGACCAGGAACCCAACUUCCAUCCCUGAAGGCUUUACCACUACUGUUGUGUCUUGCGAUGUUUGCCACAAUGGUGGAGCGACCACAAUGACUCUUACCACGCCAUGCUCAACCGGUCCCUAUGCCACCCAGACUCCUGUGAUUGGACCUACUGGAGGCGCCGGUGCUCAAGCACAAGCGGCAGCAAGUGCAGGAGCCAAUGCCCAAGCUGAGGCCGGUUCCGGUUCCGGCUCUGGCUCAUCCAGUGGAAGCUCUGGCAGUAGUGGCUCUUCGGGAGCUGGCUCCGGGGGUGCCAAUGCUAAUGCCGCUGCCAACGCGAACGCAAAUGCUAACGCGAAUGCUGGGGCUUCCUCUGGCAACGGUGCUGCCGGUGCAAAUUCUGCUUCCAGUGGGAACUCUGCCGCUGGAGCCAGUAACGGCGACUCCGGCGCAGCCGCCAAUGCUGGCGCAAACGCAGCUGCCAGUGCCGAAGCUGGAGCCAACGGCGGAAACAAGUACACCAAUGGCACCAGCAACGAUAACAACAUUUCCCCGCCCAUCACGCCUGUCGUCCCCGGCGGAGCCUCAGGUGCGGGAGCCAACAACGCCAAGUUCACCGGCUCCGCUGAUCGACUCGGCUAUGCCGUCUCCGGGGUGUUUGCUGUUGUUCUUGGAUCUUUGGCAUUCAUGUUGUGA